UUGCGUACGGAGCUCAUUUCGCAAUCGUGUCACUUCAACAAAUCAUAUACAUACUUUAGACUCAAUAUCCCUAGAUAAUUAAUAGAAAAUGUGGAGCGUUUUGUGCAAAAUUUUCAGCAAAAUUCGAUUGCAGAUCGAAUGAGUGUGUACAUUGUCAACGACUGGCCGUGUGUCGGAUAAAAGAAAAAUUGAAGUAAAAAUAGAAUAUUGCGACAUCCGAUACAUGUGAGACUAUUGUGAAAAUGAGCAAAUAAAACAACGAGCCAGCGUGUGAGAGAGCAUUGAGAGAACCAACGAAUAAAGGGAAAAAAUGAAAGCAAUAAAUUGUGUUUCAAUUGCCGAUAUCGCAUUGGAAAUUGUUUAAACGUAUUGAUAUUCGCUGUGCGUGUGUUAACAUUAGUGUUUGUGUUUGUUUUAUUUUCCGUCUUCGGCUGCUACUGCUGCGGUUGUUUUUUUUUCUCUCUCUCUAUCUCUCGUCGUGUGUUUAAUCUCAGACACGUUCGAAAUUACUUAUCACCAGCAGUAUGAUCCAUUGUUUUAUCGGGUCGUUUCACCUGUGUGGUUGCUACACCUAAUGUAGUUGUUACCACAAACGUUGCUACUGCUGCUGAUGUGUUACUGAUCAAAACAAAUCUAAUUUAGCUCUAUUCAUCGAAACCGAAAAAGCAAAACCGUAUCGCAUCAUGUAUUACUGAAAUUCGUGAGCGAACACAGAGGGUGAACAGCACACAAGAGAAAAGAAAAAAACGUGGAGCAGUGAGAGAAAAUAAACCAGAAUUUUUGUGUCAAAUAACAUGAUAAUAAACCGAGACAUAUAUAACUGUUAUUCAACGAACAGCAAAAUUGGUAUAUUGAUUGUGUGUCGCACAUAGAAAAGAAAAGAAAAAAACCGAAUUACACCGUAAGUGAAAGAAAAAGAGAAAAAAAAAACGUUUCAGUGGAAUCCCUCGGUCUCGCGCGCGCUGUUCGCGAGACACACACGGUGAAGUGAAUCAUUAAAUCGUUACAAGCGUGCUCAAAAUGUGUUUGCCACAUCUACAACAGCACAGGCGAAUCAAUUCAUCUGACUACAACGGCAACGACUACGACAACAACAGAGAACCAUCAGCAAGUGUAGGAGUUUGAUGGAUGAUUUAAAUGUCUCAGCCGGAAUGAAACUUUAUGAUAAUUGAAUUUGCUUGUGAACAGUUUUUUUUAUUGGAAUGUUUGCGCACACAUCAAAAUUCUGACCUAGGUUCUGUUUUGCGCGCGCUUGAUUUAAUUCCACACACAACGCAAACACAAUUUUCACCCGUAUUUUCAUGCAAUCGAAUCGUAAGUGCGAAACAACAAAGAAUAUUAUUAUAAAUACCACGGAGUCGAGCGCUUAAAUUGAACCGACAGAGGAAAUAAAAAGCGGAGAAACCAACACAUUUCAAGUGAAAGGAGAAACCAACAUAAAAUAUAUUACAUUUAUAUAGAGAGAAAGCGUAGAGAGAAGCGAAAAAUCGUUCGAAAAACCACAACAAGAAAAAUUGGAUUCAUAAAAUGUAGGAAAAUAAAAGUCAAUGUUUCGAGUGCGUACUACGAUCAUCAUUACAAAUUAAUAAAACCAGACGAAGACGAAGAGGAAGAGAAAGCAAAACACUGAAGAAAUCUCUGGAUUUUUUUUCGUUCUACUCUCGCUCGACAAUACAAAUCUUUUGACGACUUCCAUUUCGUGCAAACGACAUAAUCGACGGAUAAAAAGCGAUUGCUAUCUGAAAAUCGAGCGGCCGAAUGGAUCAAGUGUUCAUAAUGUCAAGCACCAUUUGUUCAUUGCAUAUUUUUGACGGCGUUUGUGUCAAGCGUCGACUAAAUUCCAACAAAUCGAUGUCCAUGCAUUGGAUUGUUCUAAUUUGGUUGGCGAUUAUGUCCCGCCAACCGUAUGCCGUGCAUGGAUUAGACGAAUUGCAUAUUGGUGGUAUAUUUCCGAUUGGCGGCAAAGGCGGAUGGCAAGGAGGUCAAGCUUGCCAACCAGCUGCUGAAUUAGCCCUGGAGGAUGUCAACAGUAAAUCGGAUUUAUUGCCCGGUUUCAAGCUAACACUCUACAGCAAUGACAGCGAGUGUGAGCCGGGACUCGGUGCUAGCGUUAUGUAUAAUCUACUGUACAAUAAACCGCAAAAGUUGAUGCUUCUAGCCGGCUGUAGCACCGUUUGUACGACAGUAGCUGAAGCAGCAAAAAUGUGGAAUCUCAUCGUGCUAUGCUACGGUGCAUCGAGCCCAGCACUAUCGGAUCGUAGCCGAUUUCCAACGUUAUUUCGAACACACCCAUCCGCCACGGUGCAUAAUCCGACCCGUAUUAAGCUAAUGGAAAAAUUCGGCUGGUCACGAGUUGCUAUUCUUCAACAGGCUGAAGAAGUUUUUAUAUCGACGGUCGAAGAUCUCGAAAAUCGUUGCAAAGAUGCGGGCAUCGAAAUCGUUACCAGACAAUCAUUUUUAUCGGAUCCAACGGACGCCGUACGAAAUUUACAUCGGCAGGAUGCACGAAUCAUCGUCGGACUGUUCUAUGUCGUUGCCGCGCGACGCGUUUUAUGUGAAAUUUAUAAUUUGAAAUUAUAUUCGAGGCCGGGCGAACGAACCUAUGUUUGGUUUUUUAUCGGAUGGUACGAGGAUAACUGGUAUGAGGUGAAUCUCGAGGCUGAAAAUAUAACGUGUACACGCGAACAAAUGAAAAUGGCAGCUGAAGGACAUUUAACCACUGAAGCGAUAAUGUGGAAUCAAAAUGUCGACGAAAAAACCAUAUCCGGCAUGUCAUCUGGAGAUUUUCGCAAACGAUUAGAUACCGAAUUAAUUCGUCGUGGACAUGAUAUACGUCAUAACCGUUAUCCGAUUGGUUAUCAAGAGGCACCACUCGCCUAUGAUGCCGUUUGGAGUGUUGCCUUGGCAUUCAAUCGAACGAUGGAGCGGCUAGCACGGAAGGAUAAGAAACGUUCGCUCAAGGAUUUUACAUACACGGACGGUGAUAUAGCUGGUGAAAUUUAUGCAGCCAUGAAUUCCACAUCGUUUCUGGGCGUUUCGGGAGUUGUGGCGUUCAGUUCUCAAGGCGAUCGUAUUGCACUUACUCAAAUCGAGCAAAUGAUUGACGGGAAAUACGUUAUCCUUGGACACUAUGAUGUACAAGCCGAUAAUCUCUCGUGGACUGGAUUGGAAAAAUGGCAGGGUAACAAGACACCGCAGGAUCGCACGAUUAUUCGACGUGUUUUACGCACCGUGUCAUUAUCGCUGUUCGUAUGCAUGAGCACCAUUUCUGGUUGCGGUAUUCUCGUUGCCAUCGCUUUAAUCGUUUUCAAUAUUUGGAACAAUCAUCGACGUGUGAUUCAGCAGUCACAUCCCGUGUGUAAUACCAUUAUGUUAUUUGGCAUAAUCAUCUGCUUGUUAUCGGUGAUUUUGCUGGGAAUUGACGGUCGCUUCGUUAGUCCAAAUACAUAUCCAAAGAUAUGUCAAACGAGGGCAUGGAUGCUUUCGACGGGUUUUACUUUAGCCUAUGGUGCAAUGUUCAGUAAAGUAUGGCGUGUCCAUCGAUUUACAACGAAACAAAAGCAAGAUCCAAAGAAAAAAGUCGAACCAUGGAAGCUGUACACAAUGGUAUCGGUAUUGCUGUUCGUCGAUUUAGUGAUUUUGUUACUGUGGCAAAUCAUCGAUCCACUUCAGAGGCGGCUUGAAACCUUUCCACUGGAGAAGCCAUUAUUGGCAACUGAUGACAUUCGGAUAAGUCCGGAGCUGGAGCAUUGUGAAAGUGAAAACCAAUCGAUUUGGUUAGGUCUGAUUUACGGGUUCAAGGGUUUAAUAUUAGUGUUUGGCCUGUUCUUGGCAUAUGAAACGCGCUCAAUAAAAGUGAAACAGAUUAAUGAUUCCCGUUAUGUGGGCAUGAGCAUAUACAACGUGGUUGUAUUAUGUUUAAUCACAGCGCCCGUUGCAAUGGUGAUUGCCUCGCAACAGGAUGCAUCGUUCGUAUUUAUGGCGUUGGCUGUUAUUUUUUGUUGUUUUCUCAGCAUGCUGCUGAUUUUUGUGCCAAAGGUUAUCGAAGUGGUUCGGCAUCCACACGAUAAAGCUGAAUCCAAGUACAAUCCGGAUGCUGGUAUUUCAAAGGAGGACGAAGAACGUUAUCAAAAGCUAGUGAAAGAAAACGAAGAACUACAAAGACUAAUAGUACAAAAAGAAGAUAAAAUUCGUAUAUUGCGACAGCGUUUAGUUGAACGUGAACAAGUUACCAAAGCAAGUUUAGGUAAUGUGGCGCAAUCAACGAAUGAAAUUCAAUUAACAGCCGCUGCAGCGAAUGCGGCCCAAGGUAAGGAUGCACUCAUUGUUAUUCAGCCAGAAGCAACCACCACAUCUGAUUUUGAUAGUGCCAUUGGUGGCGGCCUGUCGAUCAUAACACAUGCUAGCCAAUCUGAUGUUGAAUUUUCCGAAAGCUACUCCUAAUCCAAAUGAAAAGAAAAAUCAAGCAAAAAAAAAAAAUUCUAUAGAAAGUUAGACAUAACUUGUUCGCCACCUAAGUAUACAUUCUGUGUGAGUCCAAAAGCAGCAAAACCAACUAAAUAUUAACAAUAGCUAUUAAAAUGAAUGGUGCAACGUGUUAGAUUUCUAACUCUGUCUAUUGAGCUUUAAGUCAUUAAGUCAAUCAAUCCUUUUUGAUGUUUUAUUUUUAUGUGUUAGUUUUUAAUAAAAAAAAUAAUGACAAAAGAAAUGGUAACAUUGGACGAAGCAAACAAAAUGUGAAGUUUUGUCGAUUUGUCUUUGAGAUGAAGGAAAAAGAAAUAUGUUGAAAACCAAAGCUAUAUUCGUUUCAAUUGAAUUUUCUGGAAUGAAUGUUCUCCAUCGUUCGCACAUUUCCAAAUGUUUAUAUUGUUCGUUUUGACCGACAUUCGUGUAAGUGAAAGAAAAAUCCUGCCAAAUCUAUGUUUCCCCGUUAUACGUGUAUACGAAAGUUAAGACUAACACAAACGCACACACAGAAUUCGAUAUUACUUGUUACUCCUCCUUUGUUUUAUUGUACAAAUUGAACUUCGAUUGAAUGUCGACCAUACCCCUCAUGAAAUUGCACAUAUAAUAUUGAAUUCAAACCAUAGCUCGAUUGCUCGAUUGCUCACUUGCUAGCCUCCCCUCUCCGCCUCCCCGUAAAUAAAGUCGAUUUAAUAGUUUAAGCACAUAUAUAAACAAACUUUUUGUACAUUAUGAUUGGCAACCAAACAACAAAAUUUCAUUUACUAUACUAUAGUGUUCAAGAAAAUCGUAUCAGUUCCCAUUGAAAAUCAAUCAAACCGACACAAAGGCUGCGGAAACGAUCAAUUUGUUCAUACAAACACACACACACACACACACUUUCAUAUCGUUCCGUUCGUUUUGCAAAUUGAUGAGAAGAUGUGCCGAAAAAAAAAUAGUGCACACACACUCAGACACACCAAGUCGCCAAUUUAUGAUUUCCUUUUCUGAUGAUUCCCGUUUUUAUUCGUCUAUUUACAGAUUUUCGCCCACAACACACAUGAAAAUAAAGUCAAUUCUAAUUAAGUACACAGAUAAGUUCUAAAAAAACACACACAAAGUAAAAAAAAGCAAGCAUUUAGUAUAAAAUUUAGGGAAUUGUGAGAAGAAAAAAAAUAAACCCAAAGAAAAGCGAUGCUAACUAGGAAAUGUGUCUAAAUUUCUCGUAAAACAAAAAAAAUGAAUAAAAAACAUUUUAAUAAAAAAAAACAAGUGUAUAGGAAACCGUGAUAUAUGUAGAAUAUGAUUUUAAAAAAACAACACAUGAUGAUAGUUAUAAGCUACGAAACAAGCUUAAAACAAGGGUAAAAAUAAAAACAACAAAAACUGAUGUCACCUCAGAAAACGAAUAAACAUUACAUUCAAAUGACAACAACAUUACAUCAACAAACAAUAAAAUCAUUGCCAAAUUUAAAUAAGUUGUUGUUAGUGCAACAACCAAUUUAUACGUAUUUGGUAUAACAUUCAACACUUCUUCUGCAACAUACACAUGAAUCGAAAUCAUUCAUCUAAAUACCGAGAUGAAUAUUCUAUUUUCUCUUAAUCUCUUCAUCUGCAUUUUCCCAAAAACAUAAAUAAAACAGUAUGUCAAACGCCAAUGGAUUCGAUUCAAUUCAAUUACAUCAAAAACACCACACAAACAAACAUACACACGCACAAAAACCGCAACAUAGCGAAUAUGAACUUGAUUAAAUUUAAAACAAUUAGUGGUUGGGGAACCGCAUUCACAUGUUUUCUACUGCUAUUCAUUUCUCAAAACAAUCCCGUUCAAAAUUUAUCUAUCUCCCUGUGUCUCUAUCUCUCGUUGCGUCUCUAUCUCGUUUGUUCAAAUUGGGUAGUCCGGUAGUUGUUCAAUUGGCAACAAAGUCGUAUUUGCCAAAAUUCAAACCUGAAUCCAUUCUCUCUCUCUCACUCUCCAUCUCUCACACACACGGUUCGAAAAUACAAUUUCUCAACUCACCAAUUAAUUCCUUUUGAGUCAAAGUGUCGGUUUGAUUAUAUCGGUUCGGUAAAUCUAUCUCUCUCUCUCUCUCUCUCUGAUUCUCUCUUUGUAGUCUUUGUGUUCAACUCAAUAGCGCAUACUUUUCGAAUUGUUUCAGUAGUUUUACGUUUGAAUUUAUGCAUUCUAUUUACAGUAUACCGGAAAUUAUUGUUCAUUUGAUGUUUUGAAAGCUCUCUCAAUUUCUCUAUAUUCGACGUAGAUGAUUUUCCUCUAAAUCACACUCAGUAAAAUAUAAAUUGGCACAGCUCUGGCUCUCAUUUUUGCAACAAGAAUCUCCCAAUGUAGUCACAAACAGACUGUUAAACAACAUCUUCCCACAGAACAACGGAAGAGCGCAUCACACAAUUUACACAAACACAAUGUAUACAAAUUUUGCUUUAGUUUACUGACAUUCGAAUUAUAUAGAAAUUCCUUUCACUUUUCAUUUCCUUUGAAUUCGCAUUUUUUUUUCUUUUUGUUAUUUUUUACUGUGUAUGCGUGUAUAUAAAUGUUAUUUCAAAAACAAUUUCCCCAUUUGCAAGCGCGAACAAAUGCAAAAAUCUAGUGAGUUCAUGCUCACUGUCAACAAGAACAAUUCGCUAUUUGAUGCGGUGCAAACAACAAGCAAUUGAAUUCUCUGCAAUAGCAUCAAUGCCUCAUGUUAUUUAAUAAGAAGAAAAACACCCAGAAAAAUAAAACGUGUUGUAUUCUAGUGGUGAUCAUCGUGUUUUAGUAAAACCAUUGUUUAACUUCUGAUAAAAAUUAAAAUGAAUUCGCUUUUGAUUCCUCAUUUGCCAGUUUAGUGACGGAAAUGAAAUAAACUGAAAAAUGAAAUUUUAAUAGAAAAAACACGCACGUGCGCAAGCUAAAAAAAAUGAAUAGAAAAAGCCAAUCUAGAUUUAAAAAAAAAACAAAUAAAUGUUAUUUUUCUCUUUUGAAAAUUGUUCUUUGUUUUUUUUCUUCUAUAUGUUGAAUGAAGAAGCAGCAGAAGAAAAACUCGUCAAAUUGAGCCUAUGGUAUAUAAAUAGAGUAUAAUAAUUAAAUAACAAUCAUGAACUUUAAGGAAUGAACGACGAAAUAAAUGAAUACAACACACACACACACACACACACACGAUUUUGAAAAGUGAAAUAUUGCAAAUUUCAUGUAAAAAAUUUUGUAAAACCAAAAAUGACUGACAUACAUGUAAAAAAAAACAAAACAAAUUAACCGUAGCGAAAUACAAACAACAGCGAUAAUUAAAAUUAAUGAAAUUUGAUUAUGGCUAGGAAAAGAGAGCAUAUAGCAAUUAGGGUGAAAUGAAUAGAGUUAUAAGAAAAUAUGGAAAAUUCGCACAGCUCUCAUCAAAACAAGACACACAGAAAAAAACAGAUAAAUUUUUAUGCAAGGUAAUACUAUCUAUACAUAUGUAAUAUGAUGAAAUUAAAAAAAAAUUUUCUCUUGUGUUUCGUUUUGCUGAAAACCCAGAAAUGGUGUCGUAUUCAGUGGAAUAAAUAGUGGUAACGAAAACUGCGGUUGUUGGAUUGCGUACAGCUCGAUUAAAAUUCCCGGCAACAAUUUGUGUGCCGUGCGGCAAAUGCAAAUUCACGAGGACAUCUGAUUCGGAGCAUCAGAGUUUCAUAUAUGUUUGAUAUAUAUGUAUAUGCAAAACUAUCACACCACACAAACACAUCUCUAAUAAUGAUAAUACUCAAGCUAGAGAUAAAACUCAUACAAACACAUUUGACAGCAGCAUUAACAACGGCAACGACAGAAAAUAUAUAAUUUCUGGCUCAAUGACGACACCGACCAAACAAACUGAAUUGAAUCACGAGCGAGUGAUUGCACCAAAAUGAUAAGCCAACCGAAUUUCUAGAUAUUUUUUCUCGAUUAUGCUAGUUCGAAGCAUUCGAUAACCGAAUACAUUUGGCAAAAAUGAAUAUAUUUUUAACAUCAUUUCGGUACAAUCAUGUGCACAAAAAAGUUUCAUUCGAGUUGUGUGUCAAGGGAAUUUUGCGUAUAUAUGUGUGUGAGAUUUUUGUAUAUUCAAACAUUAUGAACUUUUGUUGCUGUUUCAUGAAAAAAAAAGCGGAAAAACAGAAUUAUCAUGAAUUUGAUCUGAAGUUGUCACAUUACAUUCCCCCCCCCCCCCCCCAGUCUUGGUUUUGCCGAGCGAUACAUAUGAAAAUUAUGUUAUCUCACUCCGGCAGGAAAAAAAAAAUACACCACUGCAAAAAUAUAUAUAUUAUGAUCCACAUUUGACCCUCUACCUGAGUCCAUAGAGGAUUCAUGUCGAUCAAAUAAAUUAUGCAAAACGACAAAUCGAAAGCUAUUCACAAUCUAUUGAAUUUUAAAUUUUUCUCUCAUAUACCAGCGUAUACAGCGCUCUGUCGUUGUUCGUUUUUUUCUCUCUUGUUUCUUGUUCCAUUGAUGUUUCAGUUUCUAGUCGGAACUCAUAUGCUUGAAAGUUCAAUGGUUGUGAAUGCCACUUUAACGAAAUGUGACAGUAGUUAAGUAACAAUAAAUAACAUCAAUAACAAGAAAGAGAGAGAGAGAGAGAGAAAGUGGACGAAAUAGAAGAAAAUUUAUGAAAAAUUCAUAAAUCGAGAGAUGACAAUGAAAAUGAGUGUCAUUUUUAGAAAACGAACGAAAAAAAACAAAUAAAAUAACGACUAUGCCAUGGAAUAAGUUUGGCAUUGGGAACGAUUACCGUAUGGAGCGAAAAAUACGAGAUCCGAUUAACAUGGAUUGGUCAACGGUUUUUUUUUCGGUGUCAAAAUUAUGGUUUCUGAUGCCGAUUUAUGAAUAAUCAUUUGCCGAUAUUUGGCAGACCUCUUUAUUUCGAUCACACAUUUUCGGUUGAUGCAUAUAUAAAUUCAUUUUUUUUCGGUUGCGAGCGAGCGCGCGCGAGUUAAUUGAGUUUGAUACAAAAUUCAAUUGAUUAAAAACGGAUUUUAAGUUCAUCCACCCACAAUGGUUGCAGUUUGCUGCAAUGUGCGGCCAUGCCCGUGGGCAUUAUAUAAAUAUAUAAAUACUAUUCCAAUGAGGAAAGAAAAUAUCAUUUGCAAUCGACAGAUAAUGAUAAAUAAAACCGAGUCUAUUUUGAAUGAAAUUUAAAAGAAAUUGUUGCAUGUUGAAUACAGUUAGAUUAUUUCUCACCUAGUUAGAAUACUAUGACAACAUAUAAUUUAAUUGAAAAGAAAGGGAAAAAACUGACAAAAACUGUUUGUUACCUAUAGAAAACUAUGAAUGUGACGACUACGACGACAAAAAACAACAACAAGAAUAGCAAAAAAAAUGUGUUUAAAAUUGAAUAUUAGACGGAGUUUGUUAGAAAUUUGAAAAUUUUAACUUAUAUAUUAAACCAAACCAAACAAUACAUUGUGAACUCGUAUUUACUAAACGAAAAAAAAAAACCAGCAAAAAAUCAAUUUGAAAACUUUUAGGAAAUUAAAGAAAUGAAAACUGAACACACCUUUUACAUAUGCCCACAUAUUUUCAUCGAUGUAAUUGCAUUUCUAUUAAAUGGUACACAAUACUCGUCAUCCUCUGGGCACACAUCACACACACAACCACACAAGUGAAGAAAAAAGAAUUAAAAAAACACACAAACACACACAUCCUCAAUCACACGUACAUUAAAUGAGGAGAAAAAAAAACCAACCUUGAAAUCAACUCUCUCGAGAUAUUGAAAUCGAACCACCGUAGCCAUUUUAGAAUAUGUGUGAAAUGUUAGUGAAUUGUAUUAGAUUAACAAAAGCAAAGCAAAUAACAACAACAACAACCAAAUGUUGUGUCCGGAAGUAUGUUGGACCAACAUGCCAACAUUGUUGUUGCAUCGGAAAUCGAGCAUCGAAACUGGUCCAAAUUGGUUUUAUCAAUGAGAAUGCUUUGCCAAGCACUUUUCGCCUCCCCCACAUACACAUAAAAAAUCACAAUAUUUCAAAUUCGUGACAAAUCAAUUUCAAUGCUUUAUUUCGGAUGCAAUCGACACCGGUCAAUGAAAAAUAAUCCACAAGGGAGAAAAGAAAAACACGGAAAAAAAUUGUCUGAAAUCGAAUCGAUGAAUAAUAACGAUUGAAAAAAAAAACGAACGUUUCAUUAAAAAGCAAAACAAAAACGAUUCACCGACUUCAACACUUUUGAUCAUAACAAUUACAUCUUAUAAAAUCUGGAUCAUAUAGAAAAAGAACACAAAAUUGUAUCACAUCUCAUUUACGGAGUGACACGUAUUAUUUCCUAUUGAAAAAGGCGCAACACAAAAACAAAA